UCAGAGCUGCGCAGGUCUCGCGCUGUGGAUUUAUAAUAAACAUUUUUAUUGAUGAAACUUUUAUGAGAGUUUUACGGCACAAAGCGCACAUCUGUCAUCAACAGGAGAUAAUCCGGCACACUCGACAUGUUUAUGGUUGUGACAGAAGAGGAAGGCCCAAGAGCACAAGGGCAGCGCUGAGGAAGAGGAGGAGCUCAGUCCGGACCCGGAGCCCGGAGCCCGAGCACAAACCCGAGCACAAAGCCGCUCUUUUCACCAUGGAUCUGACUCACAUGUUGUCUGAGAUCGACGGAGGAAACGAUGAUGAAAUCGAAGCUCUUCUGCAGCGGUUUAACCGCGAGAACAGCCGAACCUUCAUGUUCGAGCAGAAGGAGGAAGCUCUGCGGACCAGACUUUGUCAGAGCGCUCUGAGCGUCCUCAGACGUCACGUGCCCUGCAGCUGUCAGAGGACGUGUUUGGAAACGCUGCGCAUCAUGUCCAGAGACAAGCGCGUCCUGUCGCCCGUAGCAACCAGAGAGGGGAUGCUGACGCUGACGGCUAUGGCGAGGCUGAGCGCGGGAGCGGACGCCGAGAUCGGCCUCGGCGACGCUCUGUCGGAGGAGGAGGAGACGGUGGUGGUGGAGGCCUUAAAAUGUUUAUGUAACGUGGUGUUCAACAGCCCCGCGGCGCAGCAGGUGAGUGUGGACGUGCAGCUGGCUCCCGCCCUUUGUGCCAAACUGCACGGCGCCCACACGUGGCACCACGAGGUGGGUUUGUUCACACUGCGCCUCCUUUUCCUGCUGUCUGCGCUUCGACCUGAUCUGAGAAUGUGCCUCAGAAAAGACUGUGGAGCCGUGACUCUGCUCACCAAGAUGCUGGAGCACACGCUGGACGUUCAGUGGGUGGGUCCCUGUGAAGUGGGACGCCCAGACCCACAGGCCCCGCCCAUUCCUGCAGAGAGCAACGAGAGGGUCAUGGAGGCGCUCAAAGCCCUCUUUAACCUCACACUCAAUGAUCCAGAUGGGGAGGAGGAUGAGCAGCAGUUCAGAGUUAUCGUGGGCCUCCUGCGUCACCUGUUAAUGUUGAAAACUGAAACGGUGGAAAAAACAGAAGAGGUGCACAGUCACGCGGUGAACCUGUUGAAUAACCUGCCCGUGGCCUGUCUGGAUGUGCUGGUCGACCUGCCGGUUCAAGGAGGAGCAGACAGUUACAACGGGAAGAACCUGGAGGCCGUGCAGGUCCUUCUAGACUUCAUGGAAAAACGCAUCGACAGAGGCUCCAACUACAAAGAAGGUCUCACUCCAGUCCUCUGCCUUUUGACCGAAGCCUCCAGACACCACAGGGAGAUCCGCAGAUACCUCAAAGCUCAGGUGCUUCCACCGCUGAAGAACCUGAAGGUGAAGCCUGAGGUGGGGAACAGCAUCAGAAACAAACUGGUCCGUCUCAUGACUCACGUGGACCUCGGGGUGAAGCACUCGGCAGCAGAGUUUCUGUUUGUGCUCUGCAAAGAAAAGGUGGCGUCGCUGUUGAAGUACACGGGCUACGGGAACGCGGCCGGGUUACUGAUGGCGCGAGGUCUGCUGGACGGAGGACAGGGAGAGACGCAGUACUCUGAAGGAGAAGACUCGGACACAGAAGAGUACAAAUCUGCCACCAAUUUUGAUGUGAUGAGCGGCUGCGUCGAGGAGCCGCGGCCAAACCCCAUCGAGGAGAUGACGGAGGAGCAGAAGGAGUACGAGGCAGACAAACUCAUCAAGAUCAUCAACGAGAUGAAAAGACACGACGUGAUCCGCCCGAUGGUGGUGAGGCCCGACGGGCGCCUGGGGCCUCUGGAGGAGAAACUGCACGAGCCGAUUGAAGACGACCCAGACUCCGACUCGGACUAGAGCCGCAGACUCUGUGCCCGACUACACGGUCUGCACGAGAGCUCCACGUUUAAAACCACUGUUACGCUGGAAACGACACGAGCAGAGUUCACUUUCUCACGAGGCUGAAGCGUCACUGUUGUGCUUCUCACAAACUUUAUUAAGGUCAGAAAAAGAAUGUUUCGUGUGCUCUGGUCUUGUGUGCUCUGGUCUUGUGUGCCCUGGGCCUGUGUGCCCUGGGCCUGUGUGCUCUGGUCUUGUUUUGCUCUGGGCCAACACUCGCCCGCCCUCUUUAGUUUGACAGUCAAAUUAGACGCCCUUGGAGAAACUCUUUUCUUACUCGAGCUCUGAAAUGUUUUACCCACGAAUGAUUUAAGGGAAUUAAUCUCAAAUGAAGCACAUUUUUACUUUGUCAUAUCUAAACAUCAUGCCACAGAAUUAGAAGUUUACUUUUUGAAACACCAUUCCUUUUUCAAUUUUAUAUUGUUAUUUAAGUUAAAGUGCACAUUAAAUAUUUAUCUGUACAAUCAAAGAAUACUGUUCUGAUGUUUUCUAAAAUGGAUUUUGACAAAUUUUUUUUUUUUCUUCUUAAAGUGAAUUUUUUUAUUGACACAUUUUCUGUGGGUAUUUUUAAUGCUGCCAUUUGAGUCUUGAGUAUUUCCUACUUGAAAAACGCAACUUGAUAAAAAUAUGAAUUGACCAAAUGAGAGUAAAGCUUAUAACUAAAUAAUUUUCUGUAAUUUAAAAUAUAUUUAAACUUGCAUGUCACUCGUACGUCAGAAACUAAAAACUGUUUUUUCUUUGCACAAUGUUUGUAUCUGAAGAGUAGUCGACCCAAGUCACUGAAAUAAAAAACAAGAUGAAAUGUG